AAAAUAUACAAGAUGUACUGUGUAAGAUGAAAUUUGACAGUGUCUUUUGAAUUGUUUCAGAAUCACCAUGAUGCUCCUUAAAAUUCUUCUAGUCUUACUUCAAUUUUUCAAAGGAAUCACCUCCCUGGUUUCUGCAGUUUCUGCAGUGGUGGACCAUUCUGCCAUCCUGCCAUGUGAUGUAAGCAACUGUAUGGACUUUCACUGGAUUAAAAACCAUCCCAUAACGGCACCUGUUGCUGAAUGCAUUGGAGGUGGAUGCGUUAUUCAAGAGGGUUUUCAAGGAAGAUUCAAACUCGCAGACAACAUCAACAAUGGCAAUUAUUCUCUGCUUAUCAACUCUGUGAAAUUCAAUGACCGGGGGACCUAUCAAUGCAAAUGUGAUGACAUUACAAAUGAUGUGAGACUACAGGUUGAUGUUUAUAUAAAUGUGACAGCUGAAGAGUCUGCAAACGUUACUCUUCAAUGUUAUGCGGAUACUCAAACUGAUGUCAAUGACGUGACGUGGAUUCAUAAUGACCAGCAGAAAGUUUUACGUUACAUAAAGGAUGGACACACAAAUCUCGGCGAAGGCUAUGAAGGCAGAGUAUCACUGACAAAUGAUGGAUUUAAAUAUGGUGAUCUCUCUCUGACUCUCACGGAGGUCCAAAAGUCAGACGCAGGAUUAUAUCGCUGUUUUGUCGACAAUCAAAAUACUAAAGGAUACCCGCACAUCUAUAAGUUACAUGUGAAAGAGUUCACCAAUCCAGGAAGAAACCAAACAGACAGCAUCCUAGUUCCAAUUGUCAUAUCUUUUCUUCUUCUCAUCAUUAUUAUCCUUGUUUUACUCUGUAAGAUGGCAUUUCGCAACACCCCUGAACAACAUGCUGAGGAAAACCAAUCAUAUACAGUGAGAGAACCUGUAAAGGAGAGUGACCCUGUUCAGGAGAGUAAACCUUUUCAGGAGAGUGACCAAUCAUCAACAGCGAGGGAUCCUAUACAGGAAAGUGGCAGCAAAAAUUCAACACAGCCUAUAAGGAGCCUCUAA